GCUUUAGGGUUUCUCAGUCACAUCCAAUUUGAUUCAGACUCGACAAUUCUGUAACAAUGGAAACGAAUCAAAAUCAGAAGGACAGACUUCAAAAAUGCGUUCUCCCAUCCUCUGUUUCGGCUUACCGUGAUCCUAAUUACUGGGAUAAACGUUUUUCUAAUGAAGAGCACUACGAGUGGCUCAAGGACUAUUCUCAAUUUCGGCACCUGGUUCAACCCCAUCUCAAUCCCAGUUUUUCUGUUUUGGAGCUAGGCUGUGGGAACUCACAGUUGUCUGAAGAAUUGUACAAAGACGGGAUUGCUAAAAUAACAUGCAUUGAUCUCUCAGCUGUUGCAGUUGAGAAUAAGAAGAAACAAUUGCUAUCUAAGGGGUUUAAAGACAUAAAAGUUCUGGAAGCUGACAUGCUAGACCUUCCUUUUAGCAACGAGUCUUUUGAUGCUGUUAUUGAGAAAGGAACCAUGGAGGUUUUGUUCGUGGACAGUGGCGACCCGUGGAAUUCAAGGCCCGCAACAGUAACUAAGGUCAUGCAGAUGCUUAAGGGUGUCCAUAGGGUUUUGAAACCAGAUGGGGUUUUCAUCUCGAUUUCUUUUGGUCAGCCACACUUCAGGCGUCCUUUUUUUGAUGCCCCAGAAUUUACAUGGUCUCUUGAAUGGAACACUUUUGGUGAUGGAUUUCACUAUUUUGUCUACGUCUUAAAAAAGGGAAAGAGAACGUUGGAGAGUGAAGGAACUAGAGAGAAGUUAGAGAGGCCAUCGAUUUGUCUAUUCCAAGAUGAAUUGGAAAGCGAAGAUUAUAUUUUCCGAAUCAACAUCGAGGAGCUCAAUUCUUAGAACUUACCAUGGCAUUUUAACCCCCCUAAAUCAUAUCAGAUUUUAAAGUACGUAGAAUAUAUAUUUUUAAUACAAAAUUUGAUGGCUUAA